AUGAGGAUUCUCUGUUGGAACUGCCAAGGGAUUGGGAACCCUCGGACAGUUCAAGGGCUUAAAGGGUUGAUGUCCCUGAAUGUUCCCAGUAUUGUUUUUCUUUCUGAGACUAAGUGCACGGCUGCGGAGAUGGUAGAUGUUCGUCGCCAGUUAGGUUUGUCGCAUGUUUUUUCCGUUUCUUGUAUUUUUAAACAAAAGAAGAAGGGUACAGGCUAUAGUCGGAGUGGGGGUUUAUGUUUAUUAUGGACUGAUGAUGUGGAGGUGUCUUUGAGUUCGUAUUCGCUUCAUCAUAUUGACGUCGUAAUUGGGAUGUCAGAUGUUGCGAACAGUUGGCGAUUCACAGGUGUGUAUGGUUACCCGAAAGUGGAAGACCGCCAUUUGACAUGGGAUCUCCUCAAGUCCUUAGGGCAACAAAGUUCUUCACCUUGGGACCUUGCUUCACUUGGCGAGGAAUUAGAGGUGGAGGUGCAGUCAAAUGCAGAGAUAAUGCAGAAGAGAAAGAAAAGGAAGAAGAGGAGGACACGUCGCUUCAGAUUUGAAGAAUUAUGGCUACGAGAUGUGGAGUGUGCGAGAAUUGUGGAAGAGGGAUGGGACCGCGGUAUUGGCAGUGACCCCUUCACGAAGGUGUGCAGUAAAAUUGAUUGUACUCGCCGUGCCUUGAUGGAGUGGAGCCAGCUGAAAUUUGGUGAAUUAAAAAGGAGGAUUGAGGAUGUGAGAGGCCGCCUGGCUGUAUUCUUUGAUUCCGCUGUAUAUGAGCCUUUAGACAAUGUUCGUGUGGAGCUGGAGUCGGAGCUUAAUGACUUGCUAGAACGUGAACAAGUUUUCUGGAAGCAACGAGCCAAAGUUUUUUGGCUCACUGAUGGGGAUAUUAAUACAAAGUUUUUUCAUCAGAGGGCUAGCAACAGGAGGAGGAAGAAUUUGAUCAGAGGCCUUUUUGAUGAAGAUAAUAAGUGGUGCACGGAGGAUGAGGAUAUUGAGAACAUUGUUUUAUCCUACUUUCGAGGCUUGUUCACCUCUUCUUCUCCAAUAGGGUUUGAGCGUAUUAGUGACGUAAUACCAAGGUUAGUCACUGAUGAGUUGAAUGUGGAACUGACAAAACCGAUAUCAUUGGAUGAAGUUCAUAGAGCGUUAAGGCAAAUGCAUCCUUCAAAAGCCCCUGGUCCAGAUGGUUUUUCUCCAAGUUUUUAUCAACACUUUUGGGCGGUGGUUGGGCCGGAUGUUCUGGAGGCCGUGAGAGGUUUCAUUGGAUGCGAACAACGGACGCGUCUGAUUAAUCACACCCACGUUACACUCAUUCCUAAGGUAAAAGAUCUGGAGUUGGUAACUCAACUACGGCCGAUAUCGCUCUGCAAUGUGAUUUACAAGGUUGGUUCUAAGGUAUUGGCAAAUCGAUUGAAGCCUCUGCUAGACAAUAUUAUUUCACCUUUUCAGAGUGCUUUCGUCCCGGGGAGGCUUAUCUCUGAUAAUUCCCUUGUUGCUUUUGAAAUUUCACAUUUUCUAAAGCGACGGCGGAGGGGGAACGUGGGUUAUGGAGCUUUAAAACUUGACAUGAGUAAAGCAUAUGACAGAGUUGAAUGGAGUUUUCUGAGAUAUGUGCUUCUGGGAUUUGGCUUCAGCAUUGUUUGGACGCAGUGGAUAAUGUGUUGUGUGGAAACAGUAUCUUAUUCAUUCAUGAUUAAUGGGGAGCCCAGAGGGCAUCUCAUUCCUUCUAGGGGUCUGAGACAAGGAGACUCAAUUUCACCCUAUCUUUUCUUGAUUUGUGCGGAAGUGCUUACAAGACUUAUUUUCCGAGCAGAGAGUGAGGACUUAUUACAUGGAAUUCAGAUUUGCACAGGUGCGCCUUGUAUUUCCCAUCUUUUCUUCGCUGACGAUUCAUUUAUCUUUUUCAAGGCAGACUUGGAGGAUACACUUGUGUUAAAAGAUAUUCUGGAAGUGUAUGAGGGUUUGUCAGGCCAGAGGGUGAAUUACCAAAAAAGUAGUAUCGCUUUCAGCAAAAAUGUGUGUAGUGAUAUGCAAGACCAGAUUGCUUUGCUUCUGCAUGUGGAGCGGGUAGAGAAGCAUGACAAGUAUCUUGGUCUUCCCAUUGAAAUCGGUUUUUCCAAAACGGAAGCUUUUAGCUUUUUGAAUGAACGUAUAAAGAAGCGGACUAAGGGUUGGCGUGAGAAGAUGCUUAGUGCAGCGGGCAAGGAGCUUCUGAUUAAGGCCGUAGCUCAAUCUAUUCCUACAUACGUCAUGAGUUGUUUUGAAGUCCCGAUCCACCUGUGUAAUGAGAUGCAUAGCCUAAUGGCUAAGUUUUGGUGGGGCUCUAUCGAAGAGGACAAGAAGAUACAUUGGCUUUCAUGGGACAGAUUGUGUUGCUCAAAAGCUGAAGGAGGUUUGGGCUUCCGUAAUAUGCAUCAUUUUAAUCUUGCCCUAUUGGCAAAGCAAGGUUGGAGGCUUAUUCAAAAUCCUGAUUCCCUUAUUGCGCGUCUUCUGAAAGCACGGUAUUACCCCAACACUGAUUUCAUGCAGGCCUCAAUUGCUGGGGAUGUUUCUUUUACUUGGAGAAGUAUUGUUAAGGGUCAGGAGGUGCUACGUCGAGGACUGCGAUACCAAGUGGGGAAUGGCAAGACUAUUAGGGUGUGGGAAGACCCCUGGAUUCCAUUACCAUACAGUUUCAUACCAUACUCUUCCCCUAUGGAUGGUCUAGAAGAUAUGCUUGUUGAAGACCUGAUUGAUCAAGAGGAGAAAGAAUGGGCGAUCUCGUUUAUGAAUGAAAUUUUCUAUCCAGAGGAGGUGGGCAUUAUUGCCAGUAUUCCACUAAGCGUUCGUGAGCCUAAUGACAAAUGGAUGUGGCAUUUUAGCAAAAACGGUGUCUAUAGUGUCCGCAGUGGCUAUCAUGUUUUCAGUUGCACCGAAAACAUCUCACAUCGGGCAUCAUCGUCCGGAGGUUCGGGUUCGGAAACUGAAAAGUACUGGAAGAGUCUUUGGAAGGCCCGUUUGCCACCCAAGGUUCGUACUUUCGUAUGGAGGUUGCAUAGGGGAAUUGUGCCGACACGGGCUGCUCUGGCUAAGAAGUAUGUGCCUGUGGAUACAAGGUGUGCGUUCUGUGACUCUUUUAUGGAGGAUGAUUUGCAUUUAUUUAAGAAUUGUAAGGUGGUGGAAGAAUUCUGGCUAUCAGGUCCAUUAGCUAUUAAGGUACGUACACAUCAUGCUAUGAAUGUCUCUGCAUGGGUAAUGCAUGUGUGUGAGCUCUUACCCAAUCAUCAAAGGGAGCUUUUUUACAUGUUAUUAUGGGCCUUAUGGGUGGAACGCAAUGCCACAGUCUGGAGGGGGUCUACUUUCAGACCUUUGAGCACUGCGGCCUGGGCGUCGAAAUUAUUGAGUGACUAUCAAGAGGUGCAUCCGACUCAUGGGAAGACGAAGAUAAGAAAAAGGACCAAAUGGCAGCUUCCACCGAGUGGGAGACUCAAACUGAAUACGGAUGGAGCGUACCAUGGCUCAACUGGACAAGGAGGAAUUGGUGCCGUUCUCAGAGAUGAGUUUGGUGUGUGUUUAGCUGCAAUUGCACGGCCCUUUUCCCAUGUUAGCUCGGCUUUCCAGAUGGAAUUGGAGGCUAUGAGAGCGGGUCUUCUACUAAUUAUUCACCAAGGCAUGGAUGGUGUGGACAUUGAGACUGACUGUGCCGCGGUGGUUACAGCACUUCAAGGAAAUAUGGAAGAUCUUUCAGAGGUAGGUUGUAUUGUGGAGGAUUGCAAAGAUUAUAUGCGUGCAAUUCCCUCCUGCAAUUUACGAUCUAUUUACAGGGAAGCAAAUGGUGUCGCUCAUAGAUUGGCGCACCUUGCUAGUGUUGAUUAUUUAGAUGAUUACUGGUUAGAUGAGACUCCUGUGAUUAUCCAGGAUGUACUCUAUGAGGAUUCUUGUAUUAGUACUCGAGAGGCCAAAACAGAUGCAAAUAUGCAAUUCAAUCAAUGA